GAUGAGCUGCUGCGGGAGGGGGCGGGGAGCGGAGGAGCAGCUGCGGCGGUCUCGGGGAGCGGUUGACAUCUGGCGUCUCCGAGGGCCGAGGGGACCUCACGCUAGCUACAGCUAGGGCCUUGCGGCCACCGGGCCACUUCCAGCUCACGCUUUCCCCUUCGGUGUCCGCCAUGGCAGCGCGUCCGUUCGCCGCCGGCCUCUGCACGCCGUGACCCCCGGCUCCCCCGAGCGAUGAGGCGGUAGUGGCGCCUCGCGGCCCGCUCCUCCCGCGACUCGGUCGCCCCGGCCGGGGAGCAGGUCUGCGGGCCGUCCCCGCCGCGGUCCGCCCCCGCACCGCCCAGCCCCGCCCCCUGGGGGCGCUGCCCUCGGGCUCCCGCCGCCCAUGCUGCCCAUGCCUCCCAGCCGCUCUGCCGCCCGCCGCUGAGCCCGCGCCCACCCUCAGGCUCUCAAGAUGUGGCACAACGUGGGGCUGACCCUGCUGGUGUUCGUGGCCACGCUGCUGAUCGUCCUGCUGCUGAUGGUGUGCGGUUGGUAUUUUGUAUGGCAUCUAUUUUUAUCCAAAUUCAAGUUUCUACGGGAACUGGUGGGAGACACAGGAUCCCAGGAAGGAGAUCUUGAGCCUUCUGGGUCUGAAACAGAAGAGGACCCUUCAGCUUCACCACACAGGAUCAGAUCUGCUCGCCAGAGAAGGGUGCCUACUGAUGAAGGCCACUGACCAGAUACCCGCCCUGCUAGAAUAUGGUCUACAGCAGUUAUGAGUCUGUCUUUAGGGACCUGACUUUGAAAGUUACUGUGACUGAGGAACAUUUGCAACUGGAUUUCUGUCCAGUUCAAAAAAAGAUUUACAUGUAAGCCAUAGAGAAAUAAAGGGAAUUUAAACCAAAUUGGACUGUUACAGAUUUCAUCUUGGAUAUUUUGCUUCACUGGGUCUACUUAACGCUCUUAACUCUUUUUGGCUUUUUUUUUUUUUUUUUUUUUUUUUGCACUGGUGUAAAUCUGUAAACAUUUCAGGCUUGAAAAAACAUGAUGAUAUUAGUCAUAAAAUGUACCCUUUUCUUGAUAUUUUAACUUGUCAUAAAUCGGGACGUAUCUCAUUACUGUCAACCAGGUGAUAGUCUUGUCAUUAUCCUAGCUUGUGCAUAUGUGAAUUUGCAGCUUGUUAUAGUGUCAUUACCUCAGCUGAUGUGUAUAUUGUUGGUAUCAAAUAUAUCAGGUUUAAUUGGCAUUUUUAAAAUGUCUUCAAAGUUCCAUGAAUCAGCAUUGAAUGGAAGGUUAUUGCAUAUGCAGAAAGCCAUGGAGACAGCAGUGGAGCAUGUUUGAUAUCAGUGAUGCCAACAUUUGCUGCUGGAGAAAUGAUCACAAGUCAAUGUUUCCUUGCAAAGAAACAACAAAAUGCUUUUACAGGACUUAAGAAAGGAAGAUACCCACACAUUGAUGAAGAUAUGCUACAUUUUGUCAGUGAGACACUUGCAAAACAGUUGCCUGUCUUCACGUCAAGGAGUUGUAGUUGAAGGCCAGAGAAAUUGCCAAAAUUCUCAGAAAUGAUCUAAGAAAAUUCAAAGCAAGAAGAGACUGGUAUGGCCACUUCAUGGAGAGGACUGCUAUUAAGACAUCAGGUGUUCUCUCCAGAGCUGCCUGCUGCUAUUAGACAGAAGGCAGUGGUAAGCAUCCCAUCGGGAAAUGCCACAUCGGCAGGCCUUUUGACACCUGUGUGGGAAAGCAGAUCUAAUGACUAAUUUGAAGUGUUUUGGAAGAAGGGACUUGGAAUGUGAAGAUACAGUUAUAACUUGCCAGUUUAUUUCACACGCUCUUUACAUAGGCACAAGAUUUAUGUGAUAAAACUAUUUUAGAACACAGGAUAAAUACAAACUAAAACAUUUUUCUGUGAUACAAGGCAUAUGUCCUAGCUUAAUGGGCAGUGUCUUUUCUUAGACCUAUAUAUGGUGCAUCUUAACAAUUGAUGGUCACCUAGAUUAAGUAAAAGAGAAAAUUUGUAAAUUUCAAGAUAGCAUUUAUUUAUUGGAGAACAUAAUUAUAAGUCUACAGUGUUAACAGUUAUUUUCUAUGAAAUACUUUUGGGGUAAACCUAUUGGGGGCUUUAGAGGUAUAGUUAUGAAUCUAAGAACUGUCUUCUCCUUUAGGGAGAGUGAGAUUGGUCCCCCCUUUAUAUGGGGACUGUAUGUUCUGGACUUGUGGAGAAAAUACUUCAGACCUCAAAGAGUAUUAGGGCUUGAAACAGUAGUGGUUGAAAAAACCUGCUUACCUGUGUAAAAUGCCUCUUGCCAGGAGUCCAUGUUUGUUUUAACUGAACUUUGGACUGUUUACUAAAGAGAGAUGAAUUAAUAAACUUUCUAGUGUUGUCUGCUCUAGACAGAAAUGAACUGCAAAGCCAAGUUCCUUUCCUGGUUCCUGUCCUUCAUGGCUGUGUUUAAUCUUGUUUGAUACCUCAUUCUUCAUACUGGCAGAUUUUGUCUAUUAAUUGUCUACUGGCACUGCCCCAAGUUCAGUUCCUUAAGAACUGUUCCUAGAUAUCCUAGCCCUUUGGGUACACUGGAAGAAAAGUUUAGAGGAAAACUUUCAUGUAUACGUUUUCUGGGGAAGAUGCCCAACAGCUGAGAGUGGGCAUCUGUUCUGUUCUUUAUAGGGCAUACUGUGACCAGAAGGCAUAAAGAGCAGUGACAUUGUUUCUAGCAUUGAUUUUUAAUAAUUCUUAUACUAACUAAAUAUCACUAAAUGGGUUAAGAUGCCCUAAGGCAUCUUGUUACCCGGAGGUUGUUUACAUUAGAUUUUUUUUCAUAAUCUAAUGUCUUGAGCUCCAGGUUUUUGCUUUUUGCUUAUGUUUUGCGGUGGGUAUCUAAGGUUUAUAUAGCAAUAGGAAUAACUUAAAGCUGCAGGUGAGCUCUCUGUUGUGUCAGUAUUAAAGAAUGGUGGCUGAUGUCAUCACCCCCGACCCGUCCAAUCUGAACUAAGCCCAAACUAGUCUCUGUAAAGAUACAUAUAGGACAUUAUUUAUUGGUAUUUAUGUUUCCAGUGUAUCUUAUGAAACUUUAACAAAAACUGGUUGACCUGAGAAAUAAUUCCUUAUUGUGUAACAGCUCAUACUUGGCGUGUUUUAACUUAAAAAAAGUAAAGACAUUUUGGAUGCCAGUAUGAACUAAGGCAUAGUGUUUUGUGUAAAAUUGCCUUCAUGGAUCUCCUUUACUCCACUGAGAGAGAAGAGAAACCAUUGUCCCUCCAGGAUUCCUCACAUGCUGUGGGUUUCUAUCCUGUUUCCUGGUGAAGCGCUUUUAUAGCUCUUAUAACUGUCACACCUGCAUACUCGGGUUGUCAGUGCAAGUGGUGUGUCUAACUUCAAAGUUUAAAAGACACAACAUACAAAUACUAGAGUCUUGCCUGAUGACAUCAUCUGUUUGAGAGUCGAUUAGAAACUUGAGGACUCAGGUAGAUCGUUGCAGUUCCUUCAUAGCCAGCCCUUCCCAAAUCUGUGGUUUGUCUCUGAAGGGGUGUGUGUGUGUGUGUGUGUGUGUGUGUGUGUGUGUGUGUGUGUGUGUGUUUGCACAUUGCCCAUGUGGUGGCAUAGCUCAAAUUUAAAUGCCAAAACACUAAAGAUUUGUAUAAAAGUUAGCUGAGGUGUUAAACACAUACCUGAAGAUAGAUUUUGAACUGAAUGGCCUCUCACAGUGGAAGUAGAUACUGGAUGGCUAUUUCAGGGACAUCUUGGCCUCUUUGCUUAGAUUAGACUUCACCAUUUCAAAAUGGUAUUUUGCUAAAAGUUGAGAAUAUGUAUGAGCUGGUAUCUAGAACAUGAUGGAAAGCAGUAUAUGUUUCAUGUUAAGAGGAAUGAUGUUUGAAUUUAUUUUGAGUCUACAGUGCAAUCUUUUUUUAAAGUCAGUUUUCCUGAGAUGGUGUCUGAGUAUGACUGGUAACCAGUAUAAUUGCAGAUCUUGACUGGUAAACUAAGUGCUUUUAUAUUUGAAGUUGACUUCAUAAAGCCAAUGAGCAGUCCUUUGAGCUUGGAAAAGCUCAGGCAACUGUAGAAUGGUGUUGGGUUAUAGAAUCUAGACUCAAAAUACCUUGUAUUGUCUGCUGUUAAAGUGUCCUGGAGUUAGAAACUUCUAACAAGUUACAUUUUUACCCUGUGUAAGUAGAAGCUGCAUCUCCAUUUGUCAGAGCACAUGCUACCUGUUGAGGACUGUCUGGCAUUAACCUCCAUGCCAGUUCUAUGCAUAACCAUCACCAAAUACUGCUGAUGUGGUUUCUUACAGGAGCCCUUCUGUCCUGUGCUAUGAUGCAUUGUCACCUUGUUGCUUGACAAAUACAUUGUAAGGAAUUAGAACUGUGUGUGUUAAUAGUACCUUUACAUAAAUAACAAGAUGUAAAAUACAGAUGAGGGAUAUGCAAAUGAGUGAUGUUCCUGUCUUAGAAUAUCUAAAGCUUCUUGCACAGAAUAAAGGAAAAUGAAAAUAA